CUGCGGUGGGGGGGGGGAGAGAAGAGCAGGAAAGGGGCAGGCAGGCAGGCGCUGCUAUUGCGCAGCCCACCCGACGGCGAGGCUGAUUGAAAAACGCUGCCUUUCUGGCUGGGCAUCGGCGCUAAUUGCAGGCGCUUCGGGGCGGCGUAGGGAGGACGACGACGCGGACGCGGCUGCAGCAGCAGCUUUGGCGAGGCAAAGCGAGCCUGGAGCGCAGCGAUUACCUCGAGAGCCGCUUUUCAAAGCCACCCCCCUUCUUUCCUUUCCUCUCCCCCCCCCUCGCAAAUUGCUCCAUUAACAAGCCCUACCGCCUCCACCUUUCUUCUUUUCCUUCUCUCUCUCCCUCUCUCUCUCUCUCUCCCUCUCUCCCUCUUUUUUGAUCGACGCCGUUUCUAUGGCCACUACAAAGUUGAGGUUUAUUGUCUGGAGCGGGCUUAUAUAGAGGGGGGGGGCAUGGAGCCCCGCAGCUAGAGCCUUUCCGCCAGUUUCAGAAGCAGCAGCAUCAGCAGCGAGGAACGUCUCCACCGCGCGCCUUGACGAAUGGCCCAGCCGGACGGGGAAGCGCUCCCGAGCGCCCUGGAUAAAGAAGAGGCGCGCUCGGGCGCCAGCACGCCCUCCACACCCUCCGUCUGCUCCCCACCGUCCUCCGCCUCCUCCUCCUUGCCGUCGGGGGCCAAGAACAUCUGCUUCAGUUGCGGCAUGGAGAUUGUGGACCGGUACCUGCUCCAGGUGAACGACCUCACUUGGCACAUGCGUUGCCUGGAAUGCUCAGUGUGCCGGACCUCGCUUCGCCGGCAGCACACCUGCUACGUCAAGAACAAAGAAAUCUACUGCAAAAGGGACUAUUUCAGUCAGUUUGGUACAAAAUGUGCCCGUUGCCGGAGGCAGAUCUAUGCCAGCGACUGGGUCAGGAGAGCCCGGGGCAAUGCUUACCACCUGGCCUGCUUUGCCUGCUUCUCCUGCAAACGUCAACUGUCAACUGGAGAGGAGUUUGGCCUGGUGGAGGAGAAAGUCCUGUGCCGGAUUCACUAUGACACCAUGAUCGAGAACCUCAAGCGCGCAGCAGAGAAUGGUAAUGGCAUCACACUGGAAGGGGCGGUCCCGUCUGAGCAAGACAGCCAGCCAAAACCAGCGAAGAGAGCCCGGACCUCCUUCACCGCAGAGCAGCUACAGGUCAUGCAAGCACAAUUCGCUCAGGACAACAAUCCAGAUGCACAGACCCUUCAAAAGCUGGCAGACAUGACAGGGCUGAGCAGGAGAGUGAUACAGGUUUGGUUUCAGAACUGCAGAGCAAGGCAUAAAAAGCACACGCCCCAACACACUGUGCCCCCAUCUGGAGGCUCCCAGUCCCGCAUCCCUUCGGUGUUGCCUGACGACAUCCACUAUUCCCCCUUCAGCAAUCCUGAACGUGCAAGGAUGGUGACCUUGCACAGCUACAUAGAAAGUCAGGUACAGUGUGGACAGAUGCAUUGCCGCCUCCCUUAUGCUGCCCCUCCUGUGCAUCUCAAAGCUGACAUGGAAGGACCCCUGUCGAGUAGGGGGGAGAAGAAUUGUAAGUUGGAAGGGACCCCCGGGGGUCAUCUAUUCCAACCCCUUCUAUAUUUGACAGCCUACCAGACUGCAGCUUUCUUCAACACUGGUGAUGAGACAGCACUGCCACACUAAGUGCAGCAAGGUCAUCCUCUUCCAGUACUGACUGCUCCUGCUCCUCCUGAUGUCCCAGGGAUACUUGGUAGUGGUGGCACUGAAUCAUACACACCAGCCAAUUCACAGCAACUGCAGACCCUCAUGCUGCGGUAACCCACCCGUGGUGGCACUCCUGAUCCCCUUCCAUGAAUCCGGCACCUGAAUCUCUACAGCUCUGCAGCACAAUCCCGAUGACCGCUGAGCCUGUGGCUUCCCUUGUGGAACCGUUUGGCUUUCAAAGACUCCAAGGCAGUGCAUCUCCCUGGCAGAAGAAACCAAGGACUUCAGUUCAGUAGAGUUUCAACAGCAUGCACUGUGGACUUGUUUCUUUCAAUGCUUUUGGACUUGUAUCUUUCAAUGCUUGUCAUCAAAUGCUUUACAACCACCUGGUCUUUGACCUUCCCUGUAGGGAACAUGCCCACCUACUCCUUUGACAGGCAGGGGGUCUGCAGCUCUGAACACCAACGUGGGCUAUCUGUGUCAGGAGAGUUCUAUCCAAGCGCCACACGCACUUCCAACCCAGUCACCACCCAACAUCAGGGUGUGUGUGCGUUUGUGGAAUCAAAACCUUCCCAAUUCCCAGGAGCCACAAUCAAGUUGUCAGGGUCUAGGUCCCAGCACAGAACUGAGAAAAUAUUUGACUAUUCCUUGGUGUCAGCACCAAACUUUUCAACAGCUGUGCAAUGAACAGGUGCCUGGGAUUCUUAGUGUUGCAAAAACUAUUGAUUUGUUUAGCACUUGGGGGGCCUUGGCUAACGUGUAUUAUACUACAGAAAUAAAUGGAUAAUUAUGGUGAUGAUGAAACCUGGAAUUUCAGCUUGAUAUCUCCUCCCCUAUACAAAGCACAGUACUGUCUUACUCUGAUUGGCAGCAGUUCGCCAAAGUCUCAAGCUCUGCUUCACCAUAAAUAGAUGGCUGCUGGAUGAUACAUUGGUGCCAGUGCAAACUAGCCCUCUGUCAAAAAAAUUCAUUGCCCUCCUGUAGAUCCAUUUCCCUCCCUCUUUUAUCAUCCAUCCAAAAUGUAUGCAGAGCCACUCCUUGGGAACAAGUCCAUGAGCAAUUACUUACCACCCCUCCCAGUUAGAAUUGAUUGUUCCCUUAGCCUCCUUCCCUGAGGACUGCUUCUCCUGGGCAGCUGGCUCAAAAGGCAAAGGCACAGGUUUCCCUGUCACUGCAGUAUUGCCAAACUGGGUUGGUCCACCAUUUCAGUGGUUUUGAUCUCUGUGGCUGAGGCUUUUACCAGUAGGAGGACGUGUCCUCCUUUUCCGGAAUGGUUCCUGAGUUUCUGGUUGAGGACUGCAGUACUAUUUGGGCGUGGCUGAAGCAGCUGCCUCCAUGGCGGCCUUGCACCCAGAAGCCACAGAUGUGCUGUUGGGGAUGCAGGAAUGCACAAGAUAUUUGUCCCCUCUGCUGGGAGGGCGUAUUGCCACUUGGGACUGCUCAUGCGCCUUUGAAACCAAACAUGAACACAUUGCUCAAUGUGGUAGCACCUGGUAACUGAGGGAAGAGACUGACUGUGCAACUCAGUCCUAAGCAGCCUUCCUCAGAAGCUCAACAGAGCUCUGCACUCUCCAGUAAGUGUGCAGAGAGUUGCAAUCUUAAGAAUGGAUGCAGACCAGGCACACACAUCAGGCCUUCCUAGGAUUUCCCAUAACUAUUCUUAAAAUGUAAAAGUAGCUGCAAAGAUGCAGAUUGAAUGAGGGCCAUGGUGCUGGGCGAGCUUUCCCCCCCCCCAUUAAAAAAACACAACAGCCUGCAUCAUUUUCUCAAUUUAAAUUGCCCCUCCCCCAAAGCUGCUUUUGCUUAUAGUAGAAAACAUGCAGGCACACUAUGUACGAGCGGCUAAGAGGUGAGGACUAGCCCACUGCAGAAGAACAGACAGUUGCAGUCAACUGUUAUAUCUAAAGUGAGUAUUGUAAUCUUUCUCUCCCCCUGCCCCCCUGCUAAUCCUAUUCCUCAUCUCUGCAGGAAGCCUUAGGCUGUGUUCCUUGCAAAUCUCAGGAAGCAGCCAGGACCAGCUUUUUAAACUUGAGAAAUCUUUUUGGCUCUGCCGUGCAAAAACUGGAAACAAUUCAUAGUUAGUUAAACGAUGCCUAUGGAAAAUAAACGACUGUCCUGAGAAUGCACAUCCCCUAAUUAUUUUAGUAUACUGACUCUCGUUAGCCAAUGUGUUUACACUGACUGAUGGUGUUGGGAAAAGUCUUAUGCCGGGUCCAAACAAACAAAUCUGAGCAAAGACGCUCUUUGCAUUCAGUUCGGUGACUCUGUAGUUGUCGAAACAGUUUUACAGGGCAAGAAAGCCAAUGUUCACCUUGAUCCAACAGUUAUGCAGUGGCUUUGAUGCUUGCAGAUGAAGCUCCAUGUAAGCUGCAGCUGCUCCAUUUCACUGUCACAUUGAACUGAACAGGCAAGCCUUCUGCUCCCAUGGAACUCGACAUGAUCACUGGAAGCCCUCUGGCAUCUUGGACUAUGGGCAGCUACACUUUUGUAAGGUAUUUACAAAACUGUUCCUGACUGUGCCUUUCCUCUGUCAAAUCCUUUGGGCUAAAAUUAAUUGGAAGUCUUUUGAAAUACUUGAAUUUGAAGCAUGGGUGCUAAAAUGUCAUUUCUUGCCUACCCCAGAGUCAGUGAGUUAAGUCCCCACUAGAUAGGCCAACGAUCCUAUUUUAACACAAGGCUGCAACAACUGACAGUGGCCUAGAUGGGGCUGGAUGCACUUCAUAUAAAGACAAAACUUGGUAUUGGGCAUGGAACUCAGCUUUGUUUUUUUGUUUUU